UGUCGCUCGGAACGGGUCGGCAAGAUGAUCGGCGCUCUUAUUGGCGCGCAAUCCACGUACAGUACGCUCGUGCAGACGACCAUCGGUGAAACGAGAGUAAUAACACGCGGCGCUAUCCACCUCGCUGUCGUUCGAGGGUGAGACGUCAUUCGCUGAGAACAUCUGAGAUCAUUGCUGAUAUGACCACGUUUCUAACCUCGUCGUCGUCGCGCCUCGUGCCGCAGCAGCUAAUCUGCAAGUCGACGGUGCCACGAUAAGAGUGGCAGCUGGCACGCGUAAAAACACCCGCCGUACCGCAGGGAAAAGCAGCUGAAAAGCGCGCGUCGUGGCGCGGGUAUACCGCAUCGCGCGAUGCUGGACCUCAAGAGCAGCGGUACCACCGCGGCGGAGCUACCACGCACCACGGCGUUCACCAAUCUAUCGAUGCUGUUCGCCGAUGCUAGCAGCUCUUAUAAGGGAGGUUGGAGCCACGCCACGUCGCCGGCACCUGGUCAGGGCUAUGGAAGCAGCUUAUCAAAGACAGCACUGGACACGCACAGCCAUCUCAGGCAGCCUGAUCCCUAUCAAAUGUUCGGGGCGACGAGCAGUCGUCUCGCAAGCUCUGGUUCCGGACAGAUACAGCUCUGGCAGUUUCUACUCGAGCUUUUAUCGGAUUCAAGUAACGCCGCGUGUAUCACGUGGGAAGGAACCAAUGGUGAAUUCAAGUUGACCGAUCCCGAUGAGGUGGCGAGACGAUGGGGCGAAAGAAAGUCCAAGCCUAAUAUGAAUUACGACAAAUUGUCGAGGGCCCUGAGGUAUUAUUACGACAAGAACAUCAUGACGAAGGUGCACGGCAAGAGGUACGCGUACAAGUUCGAUUUCCAGGGACUGGCAGCCGCGACGCAGCCGGCAGCGGCCGAUCCGGCGGCGUACAAAUACCAGAGCGAGCUCUUCAUGUCCGGUUACGGUCACGCAAAGCUGAACCUGAUGCCGCCGCCGGCAGCAUCGGUCUCGGUUUCCGUUCCCGGCGGUCUCUUCCAAUCGGCAUCGAGCUAUUGGUCGACGAGCCCGGGCGCCAACUUGUAUGCCGGCCAUCACACGGCCUCUGGACACGUGCCACCUCAUCUCGGCACCUAUCCGCAUUACGCAUGACCCGCCGCCGAGCACUGGGGUGCUCUCGGCACACCGCGUUGAAAUGUUUCUACUGAAAAAAAAUGUACGGAGCCGCAUCUGCCACCGUCGUCGUCACCACCGCCGUCGGCAGCAUGUGAAAUCGUAAAUUGCGCACCACUCGGCCCCUUAUCCCGC